AUGAGCUCCACCCACGAUGCCGAAAAGGGCCCACAUCCCGUCUUGCCUGCGGAUAACAGCCUCGGAGACCGACCUGGCGUGCAUGAUCCUGAUCCUGAUCCCAAUGAAGUAUUCUGGGAUGAUGACGCAGAUCCCUCAAACCCUAUGAAUUGGAGCGCCAUGUAUCGUUGGUGCCAUGUUGGCUUCAUUUCGCUACUAACUUUUGUCACUUCACUAGCUUCAUCCAUGCUGGCACCUGCAGUUCAUGAUGUGAUGAAAUAUCUUGGCUCCGAUGACACAAAACUUGAGUCCGCACUGUCAGAAUUGUAUGGUCGCACCAUCGUCUACCAUUUCACAAAUGAGAUCUUCCUUGGGGUUACCAUUGGACGUGCCUUGAGCACAAACAUGGGGAUAUUUCUGGCAUUCAGGUUUAUCUCCGGCUGUGUGGGAGUGGCUCCUUUGGCUUUGGGUGGAGGUACCAUUGGCGACCUCAUGCCCCCUGAGCGGAUAGGGACCGCGAUAGCCGUUUGGGGGUUAGGAUCGUUAGUAGCGCUUGUCUUCUCUCCCAUUGCAGGAGGCUACCUGAGCCAGGAUGCAGGCUGGAGAUGGAUAUUUUGGUUUAUUGUUAUUCCGAGGACAUCGAAUACGGAAAGGAGGAAUGGAGUACGUUAUGACAGUGGAGUAGAUGGCCAUUCUUACAAUCUUGUCCCCUUUCUGAUCCGUGAGACAUACGGUCCGGUACUGCUGGAGGCUAAGAUUCGGAGACUUCGUAAGGAGACAGAUAAUCCGCAGUUGAAGUCCCGCCUCGAUGCUAGGGUCUCUCACCAGGAAGUCAUCUUUACGGCUCUCAUUCUAACAACAAUUGCCCUGUACGCGGCAGUAGUAUACGGAUACCAAUAUCUUGUCUUUACCACGCUGGCAUAUAUUUUCCAGGAUCAGUAUUACUUGUCAACCAGCUCAUCUAGUCUAGUUUACUUAGGAACUGGAGUUAGAACCAUUUUAGGCAUUUUCACAAUCGCCUUCGCGGCCGACAAAGUCACCGAGCGAAAGCAGAAGAGAGCACCCCCCGGGGGCAAAGAUCUCCAACCAGAGGAAUAUCUGUGGCAGAUGAUUCCUUCGAGCCUAAUAGCUCCCAUUGGUCUCUUUUGGUAUGGGUGA